CAUACUACAUAUACCAAAAGAAGACCUUUAUUAUUUUUAUACCAAAGGCUUUAAUUUUUUUUUGUAAACUAAUAGGGGUAGUACUGACGAGGGAAUGGGAGUCAGUGAGGCAUUCCAAGUGGCGGUGAUUAUUCAUGUGCUCCCGCCGGCUUGGGAUGAGUUCCGAAGCUAUCUCAAGCUCAAACGGAAAGAAAUGACUUUAGAACAGUUGCUUGUUCGUCUCCGGAUCCGUGAAGAGGGUCUCACUCGCGAGAAGAAAGUAGUUGUUGCUAAGGCCAAUGUGGUGGAGCAUCCACCCAAAGAGGGUUCUUCCAAAGGGCCCAAGCCAAAUAAGGACAAGAAGAAAAUUGGUCCUAAAGGAGGCGUCGCGAAGCCCAAGUUCGCGGGAAAAUGCUACAACUGUGGCAUUACGGGCCACCGUUCUUCAGAGUGCCGCAAGAAGCCUCAGAAGAAGAAGCAGAAGAAGGAAGAAGCUCUCUGCUCGGAGCUAGAUGCUAUGGAUAUUUGUGUUGUCGUGACAGAGGUCAACCUGUACAGUUCAAAGACAUCGUGUUCUACUGAACAACCAGUAAAGAAGGUAUACUUUACAAGGGACAGGUUCAAAAGUGGAGACACUUACCUAUUCUUUGCAGGUGGGAAGCCCGAGUCUCCGAUGGCGGUGAAAACAGGGAACAAUCGGCGAGCUCUGAACACGACGGCGAUGACGAGACUCCGAUUGGGGACCUGCCAGCGGCGUCGUUAAGGAAGGAUGAUAUGCUGAAAGCUCUCGAAGUCGUGGAGAGGGACUCUAUGGCCAUUGCACAGAGCUUCACUUGUCUCUUCGCCUCCCUCCGGACUACUCUCUCUGAGGUUACUAGCAAUUCCAUUGAUCAUAUGAACUGUUUCAGCGAUGCAGCUGGCCGUCUUCAAGAAUGUGCUCUUGAUGCAGCAACCAAAGGGAACCACUAUAUAAAUUCUAGCCUCAGAUUAAACGAGGAGAUGAAAGGAAUUGAAAAUCUAGCCUCGCAGCUCAAAACCCUUCGGAGAAACGUAGAUGCUCUGGACACGGCUGUAAACAGACUCACUCGUUUCCCAUGAUUCUUUCUUUUUUCUACAAUUCAAUGAGAGUGUGUAUUGUUCAUGCGGAUCAAUUUGGCUUGGAUGCAGAACUUUCAAGUGUAGCUUGAAAUGCAAAGAUGGUCGCCUGAUUCUUUGUUCCAGCAGAGAUGGAGAAGAUGAGUGGAAAAUGGAUGGAUUUUUAAGUUUACAUGGAAAGUAGGAGACAAAGAAAUAUGAGCAUGUGUGUUAAAGACAAAUCUAUCCUUUUGUAAUACCCCUCAGUUAUUUCCUUUAAAAGAAAGAAUUACCCGUUUAUGAUUCAUAUUUGCUUUGGCUUCCUUAAUGAGAUUUAUUUCCUUAUUAAUCUUUCGUAAAAAAUGUCAAUCAAAUGACUAUUAAAGGUAGUGUAUAUUG